CGGAUCCGUUCGCCGAAUUUCCAGGUAUUCCGGAGGGCGGAAAUCCCCUUCGAAUUUCCGGCUUGCGGUUCUCGCCUUCUCCCACUUCGUUCCGGCCUCCGAUCCAGGCGCCGAAAUGCCCCGGACGCAGAAGUACGCGGUGACCGAGUCUCUGGUGUCUCUGGCCCUUUCGCAGCAGACCACGGCCUCUCGACCGGACGUCGACGGAACGGGAGUCGACAGUCUCCUAGAAGACCACCGCAGGAUUCCUCGCGGCGGGAGAGGGAUUCCCUUCGGAUGGUUGAUCGCGGCCGUCUUUGGCGCCAUUUCCUUGACUUUUAUUCUCUGCGUCCAAUUCGUGCGUUUACCCGGAAUUCCGGAAAGCAGGCCCUUCGCUUCGGAAAAACUGAUGCAGAAAAAAGGUUUUCUCAAAGUGUAUCCUUUUAUGCCGGACAAUGGAACGGCGGUGCCCGGAAUCUAUUCUCUCCCCCUUCCUCUGGACGCCUCUCUUCUGGUCUCCCUGGAAGACGUCUUGAACGGUUAUCCGCAACAUCCCGGCCAUCGCGUCAGUUGUUACGUCUCUUCGCCGUCUUAUAGUCGACCCUGCCACUUCGACAGAGAAUGGUUGGGAGAAGAGUGCCGCGCCGAAGAUCACUUCGGUUACCGGGAAAAUAACGGAACCUUUAAUCCCUGCGUUCUGGUUCGGAUCGAGGAGUCGGAAGACUGGAAGCCGGUGGUCUACAGAAAAGAAGACGUCGAUGACUCCUGGAGAAACGUGUACGAUCCGACCUUCGUCAGCAUGAGUUGUGCUCUAAAAAAAACGGAGGAAAAGAAGAAGACCGGACCCGUCCAGUUCUUCCCGUCCAAAGGUUUUCCCGUCCGUUUCUUUCCGGCCACCGAUUUCGACCGUUCCCUUUAUCUGUCACCCGCCGUACUUAUCAGAUUCCGAGACAUCCAGGUGGAAGACGACGUCACUUUCGAAUGCUGGCUGCGCGCCGCCAACGCCUACCAAUUGGCAGACAGCGGACAGAUGACCAUUUCCUUCGUUCGGAGAAAACCGCAAGACUCGACCGCCGCCACCGGGUCCACCUCAACCCUGUCCAUUCAGUCCUCCAGUCCCGUGGAGGAUGAAACGUUGACGAAGGGAACUUCCACCGUCACCGAAGAAGACACCGGCUUGAACUUGAACCGCAAGAACUGAGGACCGAAUCCCUCCGGAAACGAAAAAUCGUAUUUAUUCAAGUCACGGAACGUUCGGCCGAUUUCCCAAAGCCGGGCUCCGGGGAAAAAUAAUCCCGGGGUAGAUGCUCGGGACGGGUUCUUCGGGGAUCUUUAUUUAUUGGCCGUCGGUCCGUAAACGACUGAGCGAAACUUUUACAACUUUUUGUACAUCCAGCGAAUUAUAUCGCUAUUUAAUGCUACGUUCCUGGGCCGGAGGAAAAUGGUUAAAUCGUUCUUCCAAACUUUCGAAUUGUCUAACGGAAUUUUGAAAACCCUCAAAUAAAUUUUUAUGAGAUU